AUGAUUGAGAUUCCUGAUUUAGACGAUUUGUCUCUAAAUAACUACUCAGGAUUUAGUGGCUUUCAAAACAUCUCAUUAGAAGAAUCAGGGCUUGGUGAACUGCAACAAUCUCACAUACACGAUGAUCUGGAAGAACACGAACAACAAGUUCAGGGAUAUAACCAGGUACAAGAUCUGUAUCAGGGACAAGAACAAGAACAAGAACAAGGACAAGUACAGGGACAAGACGAGCAUAUCACUCUUGAUCUACAACAUUCCAUAAAUUCAAUCCAAAAAGAAGUGUCUCUACAUAUCAAGGAACCACCACUACAAGAUCAUUAUUUCUCACAGCAUCAGAUCCCGGACCGACAAACACCAGAACCAUCAGAAGAAAUAGGCAUCACCAAAGAUUUAUUACCCCCUUCAGCAGUAUCAAUGCAAGAUUCAUCUGCAGGCUCAGAUAUAUUAGGAGAAACAAUCGCAUUAUACAAUGCACUGGCCAGUAGCACAAACAUCAUUGCUAGAUCAAGAUCCCAACUACCUCAAGAAGAGCAGCAACAACAGCAGCAGAGAUUACUUGACCCGGUUGCCGAACCAUCAACUCAAAAUCCUCUAGAUCAAGAACCAGAAAUGAUAAAUGCCAGACUUGAGAGAAUAGAGAAUGAAAUAGAUUCAAGAAUUGAGAAUUCAAAUUAUUUUAAAGGACAAGUACAACCACCUCCACCAGGACAGCCAUAUAAUCAUGUCAUCCAAUCAGGUAUUUCACUCGGAACCGAAGAUUCACAAAACAUUAGUUCUCAACGUAUUGAUUAUGUUCAGACAAAAAACUCAUCUUUGGAAUUUGACAAUGAGACUGACGGAGUAACUUACACCACCAGUGAUAUACAAGACCAGAAUUUUAAACUACAACAACCACCACUUCCUCUAAAUGCAACUACUGGAACAACAACAGGAACAAAUAGUUUUCAAUCUGAUUAUAACUAUGGUCAAGCAGCACAUGAUCAACUAACUCAAUUGGGCAAUCCCAUUAUGCUUAGUUAUGAUCUGAGACAAGCCACAGCCACUUCAUUAUCACAACAAUUUGCAUCACCAGCAUCAUUACUUCCAACAAGAAACCACGUGGAGCCAUCGCCCCAAUUGCCGGCACCAUUGUCAACUACUUCGCUUCAAAGACUAACUUUAAAUAAUGGCGAAGAAUUUGGUUCCAUGAGAAGAGGUUUGGCAACAGAUUCAAAAACUUCGGCCGAGUAUACUUUACAUAUUGUAUUCACUCAAUUUGUUCGUCACGCUGAACGUAAAUUAAACUUGUGUCUUGAUUAUCCCAUAAAUGAGGAACCUCCUAUCCUCGAUUUGAUCGCCGAAGGCGUAGAUCCAGAGUUUGAUAAAAUUGUUUCUGCAUUGGGAUACAUUGCUCGAAGGAAACCAAAACCAGUGAUCGAUAGUGUUAUGUUUUGGAGGAAAUCCAAGAGUGAAGUUGCUACUAUGGCUGCAUCAGAAGUAGAGAAAGCUUUAGGAAUUGCUAAAAGCACGUUGUUGAAAACUUCAAGAGUUUCGAGUGGCUCUCAAAUUACACCAUCUAGCCCUGGAAUAGCCAAGAACGGAAGUGGAAGUGCCAGUAAUGCUAUAUCUGGUGCAAAAAGAAGCUUAAGUCUUAUGAGAAAGAAAAGUCUUUCCAGAAUAACGCAUCGUCGAAACCAUUCUUCGACAAGUACGGUUGUGACAAACACAAAUGUAUCAGAAUCCGACAACGAAUACUUAAAACAAAAACAAUUCUUUGAUGGUCAAAUCAUUCAAGCAAAGGAAACAGCAAUUCAGGCAGAUCGAAAAUCAUUGGCAUCGAUAUACAUAUUGUGUCGAGUAUUGAUCGAGAUUGUUAAACAGACACCCCCUGAUACAAUGGGCGACGACCUUAGUAGUAAGUUGGAAGAGAUUGUUUACACUCAGUUGAAAACCACUGAUCCGAUAAGUACAAGCCAGUCCUUGGUCCGAGCAGCAAAUUGGAAUUUGUUUGCCGAACUAUUAGGGUUUAUGUCUCAAAGACGAUUUGUUAGUGUCAAUGAUAGAUUCAUUGCUGAUUUGGAAAAAGUACCAAAAAUUGUUCAACAUGAGGAAGAACCAAGGUUAUACCUUUUGAUCAAUGGGAUGAGAUACCUUAAACUCACUGUUUAUCCAUUAGAAGAAUUUGAAGAAUGUGCUGAGUUUAUUCAAUCCUUGGCGAAAUUCUUUGAAGUUGCCACCAAUGAAACUGUAAUGUAUGCAUAUUGUGAAGUUUUUAAUCUGUUAUUUUUGCCGAUUGCCAAUGUCAUUACUGCUGAGGCAAAUCACCCAACCUGGGUAGAAGCAAUUGAGAAAAUAUACCGCAAAGCAGUGAAACUUUGGAGGCAUGCCUCAGGAGCAGGUGCCAGUCCAACAUCUAUGACACUUCCAAGUGUUAAUCAACCAGGAGUUUCCCUGAAUAAUACAUGGGCCCACGCUUUGUCAUUAAUGACUUCCUCCUUAUCAGUAUCAAGAAAAGAGUUAUUCUCUGAGGUAUGGUAUCCUGUAAUCGAGGAGAAUAGUUUUAAAUUGAAACCAAAAGUUGAAGUGGAAGAUAAAACAGUGUACAUUGAAAGUGUUGCCCGAUUGACAUGGGUAUAUCUUAACAGAUUACCUGAUACUUUAAACAACACGAUUAAGAGAUUAGAUUCACUCUUUGAAUUGUUAUUUUUCCACAGUAAUGCCACUAGCAAAAAGCAUCAAUGGAUUGCUCCAGAUUUGAAUUUGAUAAUGGCCUUGGUUGAAUUGAUCCGAAUCGUGGGGUAUAACCAUUUGAAUUAUACAUUGGAACAUGUUUUGAUAAAACUUUUGAAUAUGAGUUUUAAUGGGAACUCAUUGGAAAAUUCAUUCCCCGAAAAGAUAAUUGUCGUUAUCAAAAGUUAUUUAGCAAUUUUACAAGACUAUGAAAUUGGAGAUAAACCACUAUUCCCAGUUGAUGACAACAAUUUCUUUGAACAACAAAAAGUUAAGACUGGAGACUUUUUGUACAUAGCCAAGAAUAGUACUAACCUGGCAAGCCAUGAUGAAAUUUGUCGAACGUUUGCAUUAUUAUUAAGAAUACUUGAUGGUCAAUAUGGAUCUACAUUAAACGGUUCUGACAACAGCAACAAUAGCAAUUAUUUCUCUUUGGGUUCAAAUAGAUCACAAUCGUCAUCAUCGUUUGGCUUCCAUUUCAAUUAUGACUCGACACCUCAAUCAACUAAAGAAAUUCAAAUGGAGUUAUUUGCCACAUUAAUAGAAGCAAUUCCAUGGACCAUUCUGGCUGAUCAUCAACUGAAUUUGGUUCCAUUUAAACAGAUUGUUGAAGUUUUAGUUCGAGCGGCUAUUCAUCCCGAUUCAAGAAUCUCAAAUGCAUCGAUUAAAUCGUUGAAGCGUUUAGCGUCAAGAAAAAAUCCAAGUACAUUAAUGACAAUUUAUGCAAAGCUUUCGUUCCAUUUAUCAGACAAAACGGGUCCAACUUAUGAUACCAGAUAUUUGUACUCCGAUCAAUAUAUCAGAUUAUUGGAGUUAUACACGGAGUUAUUAAAUUGCUGGUUAUCACUGUUCCAAGAAAUACAGGAAAAGAAAAACGAAAAAGAAGCUGAAAACACAUUGGGUGGAUUUGCACCUAAUGAUCCAAGAGUUUUGAAUGAUACCGCGUUAAAUGAUUUAUAUCAAAUCAAUCAUAACAAUGCAGAUUUGUCCGAUUCAGCACAAACAAAACUGAAAGCUAGUGACGAAUUAGAAUGGAAAACAAUCGUUACUGUUAUAGAAGAGAUUGAAGGGAAUGGGUUGUUUUUCCUUUGUUCACAGGAUCCUAAAACUAGACUUUAUGGGAUCAAAAUAUUACGAUUGGUGGAACAGUUUGAUCAAGCAAUUUACAAUGCCACUGAUAUGAAGUCUACUACUAAUGGAGGUGAUUCGGCUUCAGUUUCAAAGCAACACUCUAGGAGCUCAUCUAAAUUUGUAGCUGAUGUUGGAACUCGUUUAAUUCAUAUAUUGGAGGAUACCGAUUUUGUUGAAUUGAUCAAACCCUAUAGAAAAGAGUUGAGUUUACCAGAACGCACUAGAUUAGCAAAACUUAAGAAUAGAAAAAACAUACUAGUUCGUUUAGCAGAAUCAGAUUAUGGUAUUGAUUCAACUAUUUGGUUAAGAAUUUAUCCCAAAGUGUUGGAAAUUUUCUUUGAGAGGUGCCCUAUGCCUGUUGCCAUGUGUCGUAACAUUGUUUGUGUGAGUUUAGUGCAAAUGCAUGAGUUAAUCUUGGAAUUUUCUGACAGUUAUAAAUCAUACACAUCUUCAUUAUUUUCAAAAUCAGAGGCCAACGUUCCACCUGAAGUUUUGGUUAACCAAUGGAAGUCAUACUUGAUAUUUGCAUGUUCAACAUUAACUGCUACCAAUGAUCAGAAAAUCUCAUUUCCGAACCAACCAACACAUGGCCGGAAAAAGUCUUUGCAAAUGUUUAUUCAACAUCAAAAAAUAACAAGUGCAAAAUCAGUUUUCAGGAUGGUAUUACCUUUAUUGAAAUCAUCACAACCAAUGGUGAGAGACUCUGUUAUUCUUGGAUUGAGCCAUAUGAAUAUCAAUAUAUUCAAGAGCUUUUUGGAGAAUAUCCCUGCUGUCAUAGAAGAUUGGCCUACCGAUCUUAAGAAGAGAAACUUCCAAGAUGAUAAAUUCAAAGCUGAAGUUGUCCAUAUUUUAGCAAAUUUAACAGAAAAGUUCAAACUGCAUGAAUUGAUCUAUACCGAUAAUGCGAUAGUUUCAAAUUUAGUUAUUAUUGUUAGAAACGUUAAACAGUUUUUAUCUGUUCUGAAUGUCCAAACUGAUAUCGAGUUCCAAAAAUUACGUCGUUAUUUCUGUGGAUUUUUGGAGAAUGUUUACUUGGGAUUAGAAGAAAAAUCUGAAUUAGAGACAUGGUUACCAUUUGAAGCAAGAAUUGGGUGCUUCAACUACUUGAAAGAGUGGUGUGGAUAUGGAGAUUGUAAUUCUGUUACUGAAGAUAGGUAUAAUACAAUAAUCAAUCGAAUCAAGGACGAAAAAGAUUUUACUACUGCAGUGGCCAUUUUAGAGUUGGAAAGAAAGAAGCUUCGAUACUCUGCAUUGUGCUGUAUGUCAGUGUUAUGCUCAGGUGAAGUAGAGAAAAGAAUCGAGAUUCCAGGAGGUGGUAAAGUAGUCGUUGUUUCUUUUGAUAUUCCAGGGUUGAUGAACUGGAUUCAAGCAUUGUUGGAGUCAGAAAUGGACAAAAUUCAGGAUAUCGGGAAGAAUGCAUUGAAAAAUGUUAUUGAGAAUAACUUCACCACUACCGAGGUAAUAAGUACAGUGAUUAGAAGAUGUUAUAUUUCACAAACAUUAACUGAGAGUUAUUUCUGCACUUUUGUUGAUAUAUUUAUGGAGAAGGACAACAGUGAGGGUGUUCCAGAUGAUCUUUUAUGUGUUGCUGCCUGUUUGGCAGCUAAUGAAAACUUUGAAGUGAGACGCGCAGCAAUCAAGUUGAUGAAAUAUUUGGAAAAGAAAGAUUUAGGAACAGACAGGUUGGAGAGAUUUUCAGAAGCUGUUUGUAGCAAGAGUCCUGUUGUUUAUCGAAAGGCAUUAUUUGAUCUUUCAAAUGAUAUUCAAGAAAUUAAUCCUACCAAACUUUAUGUCAGAAUUAGCCAUUUGACACAUUUCUUUAGUUUAGCUUCUAAUUCUACCAAAAAGGACAUUUUGACAUUGUUAUUACCCAUGGUUUCAAAAGUGAUAUUGAAUUAUGACCAUCCAUUACCAGAAGAGGAGCCAUCACCUCAACAACAACCAUCACAUGAUAAUACUUUGGAGAAAUCAUUUGAUAGUUCAUCAUUAAUGGUGUUGAACAAUCUAUUUGAAAUCACAGUAAAGUUUGGUAGCAAAAUGUCUAACGAAAUUGAGGUGUUAUGGAUAUCAUUAGGUACGAAUGGUCAAAAUUUUGAUAAAAUCAUCGAGUUUUUGUUACAAGGCUGUUUAAAGAUGAAGAAUCCGUCUUUUGUACAACAUGCAAGACAAAUAAUCAACUAUUUAGCAUUUUCAAGAACAGAUCCAUCCUAUGUUAUUGAUAAAUUUAUUCACAAUUUGCAACCUCGAUUAAUGGUUCCACCACAGUUCAAUAUGAUCCCCCAUACCAAGACAACCAGUAUCAGUGAACCAGAAAUCUUCCCUUAUGUCUGUGACUUAAAAGAUGUUGUCCCUUCAAAUGAGAAGGAUGCUAUUUUUUCUUUAGGACAGUUAUCAAUGGUAUUUUUGGUUGAUUUAGUCACUGUCAAGAAUGAUCUUAUGAUUGAGAAGCUUCCAGUGUUAUUGCACAUCUCAAUAUCUUUAUUAGAUCAUUAUUUGCAAAUUGUUCAGGAGCAAGCAGGCACAUUGUUGAUCCAUUUGAUUCAUGCUUUAGCGCGAGAAGAUCCAAAGGCAAAUGAAACUAUUGAGUUAAUUCGUGAAAACGAUCAUAUCAAAUAUCUUUGGGUUUAUGAUGAUUUGAAUAAUGAUAAAAAGGGAGCAAGAACCCCGAAGAAUAUGGAUUCUUUAAUUAGAAGUGUUUUGAAGAUUUUUUCAACUAUUGUUCCAAGUAUUCAAGAAGAUUGGAGUAGAGUAUCAUUGCAUUGGGCUACUACCUGUGCAGUCAGACACAUUGCUUGUCGUUCGUUCCAAAUAUUUAGAUCGUUAUUGUCGUUCCUAGAUCAAGAAAUGUUGAAGGAUAUGUUGCACCGUUUAUCGAAUACAAUCUCGGAUGAAACAGUUGAUAUCCAAGGGUUUGCUAUGCAAAUUUUAAUGACUUUGAAUGCCAUCACGGCCGAGUUGAAUUCUGAUAAGUUAAUUGACUAUCCGCAGUUAUUCUGGUCUGGCGUUGCAUGUUUGAGUACAAUUCAUGAACAAGAAUUUAUUGAAGUCUUGUCUACUUUAAACAAAUUCAUUUCUAAGAUUGAUUUGGAUGCUCCAGAUACCGUUUCAUGUUUGAUUUCAACUUUUCCUCCUAAAUGGGAAGGUAAAUUCGAAGGAUUACAACAGGUUAUUUUAGUUGGUUUAAGAUCUGCUACUUCAUGGGAACCAACAUUGAAGUUUUUGGACAAGUUGAUUGUACUCAAGGAUAGCAAGAUUAUAGGAAUGGGUGACUCGAGAAUUUUGACAGCAUUAUUGGCUAAUAUGCCUAGAUUUUUACACAUUUUAGAUGAAGGCAGUAAUAUUACACCAGAUAUAGAAAAUACCGCGAUGGCAAUAAGUAAACUUGCUGAGAAUAGUGGUAAGAGUUCACUAGCUAAAGUGUUGAUUUCGUUUGCAAAGAAACGGUUUAGAUCACAACUGGACUUUUUGGAUCAAACUAUUUAUUGUAUCAAAAAUUCAUUUUUCCCAGAAUAUGAAGCCCAAACUUUGGUAUUACUUUUGGGAUUGUUGUCAAAUAAGAUUCCUUGGGUUAAACAAGAAACUUUGAAUUUAUUGGGAUUGGUUUUCCCAUUAGUUGAUCUUCAACGUGAUGAAUUUGUUGGUGUUGGUGCAGAUUUAAUAUCUCCGUUAUUGAGGUUGUUACUUACUGAUUAUGCUGAACGUGCAUUGCAAGUGUUGGACCAAGCAGAAAUUAUUUCCGGUUCUCAAUUAGAUAAGGAUAUUUUAAGAAUGAGUUUGGGUAACACUUCCAUGAAGAAGGAAUACGAGAAUACAGCUACAUUGUUUGGUAUUCCAGAUGAGAGUGGUUGGUCAAUUCCAAUGCCUGCAGUGACAGCUGCAACCACCAGAAAUAAUGUCCAUGCAGUAUUUUCAACUUGUACCGUGACUGAUAUUGUUGACGAUGAGAAUGAAGAUAUCAAGGAUACUGAUAGAGAAAUUCAAUUUCAUCUGGAAGAUUAUUAUGGUACAAACAACCAUAAUCAAGAUAAUUUUGUCGACACUGUUUCUGUGAAUGUUGGAGAGGAACCUGAAGCAUCAUUGAGUAAUGUUUGGGCUGCAUUAGACGAUUUCGAUUCUUUCUUUACCAAAGAAUCUGAACAAAAUGGUGCUGGUCUCGUUGUUGUUCCUAAUAGAGCAGCUAUGCGUGCUAGUCUCCAUCACAAUCAAGUCCCACAUCACCAUGGUCAUAGUGCCUCUGUUGAUACUAGAUACAGUAAUUCGAGCAAUACAUUAAUGCAAAUGGAAUCUGCUCCAAAUGUUUAUGACAAGAAGGUAUCGGUGAUUUUAAACAGAAGUUUGGCAAGAACUGCCUCCAACACAUCAUUUAGAGCAAAUUUGGCAGAUUCUAUUGGAAGUACGCAAGUUGUACACCAACACCCAAAUAGUAAGAGAUCUUAUAUCCCAUUCAGAAGUAGUAAACAUGUGAAGAAUAGUACUAGCAACAUGACAACUCCAGUCAUGCCAUUAUCUCCAGGAUUUGAGCCAAGAGAUGCUUUACAGACUCCAUCAAGUUUCCAAUCACAAGGAAUAAUGGGAACACCCACAUCGACGACAAUUAACAGUGAUGGUACAUUCAAUGCAUUAAACAGCGCAAGUGAUGAUACCAAUUUGACUAGACUUGAAGGGUUAUUAGGAACCAAAAAGAGAUCUAAGAAGUCAAUGACUAAUAGAUCAACUUCUCCAGUUAAUACCAUGAAUUCAGCUACAUCACCAGAAUUAAGGGCAUAUAAUAAUUUUAGAAAUUCCCAUGUAUCAAUUAUAACUUCUCCGAAACAUUCAGUAUCUAUGGGUUUGAAUUCACCAGCACAAAUAUCAUCAAAUAAUGCUAAUAUUAAUUCUGCAAAUACAGCUACACCAGGUGGCCAUGCUACAAACAAGGACAAGAAGAGAAUAUCACAAAAAUUCCGUCAAUAG